AUGCCUUCCGAGCUCCGCGUGAUGGUCUGGAAAUAUGCCGUGCUGGACACGGAAAUCAUCUAUGUCAAUCCGGACACGCAGUCUACCCUCGACAAGGGCAGAUAUUACGAGAAGUGGUCUGCGUUGAUGUUCGUCAACAUGCAAAGCCAACACGUAGCACUCCGACACUUCUACAUCAACAUCAGCGUCCGGCACAAGAAGAACAAACAGUCUCGGCUCCAUUUGCAUGUCAUUUCCGAAGACAGCAUUGUCUGUGCGCAUGGUGGCCUCGCGCAACUGAAGAGAAUCGAAUGGGGCAUAAACAGCCACCUUAUACGCCACAUUAUGGUUGACAAUGCAUGCACGCGUCUGCAGCAUCGGGCCAACGUAACAGAUGAGACGAAGGCAUUGUUGAAUCUGCACCUGCGGAUUGUCGAAGCUGCAAUGGGACCCCUCGGGGAUUCAAACAACAUCCAAAAGGCAUACAUGUUCAUGGGGGAACUUUCGAGUGUCGGCCGCAAACUGAGAGAGGAGGACCUGGAGCCAUACGAUCUAUGGGCCAGUACUGGGAAGGAACUGAUGCGCGAAGAGGACAGGCAGAUAAUGGUCGUCAAGAUGAAGAAAACUAUCAACUUCAACGGUCCGGAGCUCGUUUGGGUCCAACUCAAGUCGGCGUCCAGUGCCCCUUAG